AUGUCGCGGCGGUCCGUAUGUAAACACGGCGCUUCAACGUCUGUGUGUUGCAUUCUUAUUCACUGUCAUGGUUCACAUUCAUUUGCUCGUAAUGUAACAUGUCGCCUUUCUACGUGGUAGCCACGAUGCUGCCCACAAAGCGACGACAACAACAACAACAACCGCAGCAUCCGGAACCGAGGAACAAGCGAGCCUGCGGCACGAUCGACGACGACGACGAUGAUGGGAACUCCGCGGACGUUGCAAUUUCCCCGGAGGCGGCAUCGGCGGCGUCGGCGCAAGAGGUGGCGUGUGACGCGGCGAGUACCGGUGGCGAACUCAGCCCCGAGCGCCUGGUGCCCACGGCCUUCGCCUGCAGCUUCCUGGAGGUGGAGGCGACGCUCAACGGCGUGCUCAGCCGCCUGAGCUUUGGCGACCCCGUGCGCUACGUGUACAACCCCACGGAGUACGCGGCCGAGACGCACCGCCGAUUCGUGGCCGCGUACUGCCGCGGUCCCAAGGACGUCCUCUUCCUCGGCAUGAACCCGGGGCCCUUCGGCAUGUCGCAGACCGGGGUGCCGUUCGGCGAGGUGUCGGUGGUCCGCGACUGGCUGCGCAUCACGGGCGAGGUGCGCCAGCCGCCGCACGUCCACCCCAAGCGGCCCGUCCUGGGCCUCGCGUGCCCCAAGAGCGAGGUGAGCGGCGCCCGCUUCUGGGGCUUCUUCCGCAGCCUCUGCGGCCCCCCAGACGCCUUCUUCCGCCGCUGCUACGUGCACAACUACUGCCCGCUCGCCUUCCUCGCCGAGAGCGGCAAGAACGUGACACCCCCCGAGCUCCCCGCGGCCCAGCGGCGCGCCCUAGUGCAGGCCUGCGACGCCGCUCUCUGCCUCGCCGUGCGGGCGCUGGGCGUGCGCGUCGUGGUGGGCCUGGGCCGCUACGCGGAACGACGUGCCCGUGACGCCCUCGAAGCCGGUGGGAUGGGGCCCGCCGAAGUCCGCGUCGCCUUCCUCAUGCACCCGUCGCCCGUCAACCCGCGGGCCAACCGCGGGUGGGACGCGGUGGCGCGCCGGACGAUGCAGGAGAUCGGCAUCCUGGAGCUGCUCACGACGGAGGACGGGGAGAUCGGCCAGUGCGCCGGGUAGUUGGGCGCUGGUUGUGUUUGCCGUAAGGUCAAGGUGCUGGGCCCCACGGGUGGCUUGCCCGUGCCGCUGCCCCGGUGGACGGGAGUUGUAGUCGUGCUCAAUCCGCUGCUGGAUAAAGGGCUCCCUCGUCCGCCACCAUCUCUCACUAUCGUUGCAAGGCAGUAAUCCGCCUUUCACCUGCACGUGAGCUGAUGUUCUAGCCGGAAAUGUGCUACCCUGCACCUUUUUCUCAUUCCACUGCAGGCCAUUGAUGGCUUCAACUAGAGCGAUUGUAGAUUACUACGAUUUGGAUGGAUUCUAAAAAAUUCUAGAGAAUCCCUCUAGAUCGUAGUUCUACUCCUUCCACACUGGAUUUGCGCGUGAGUGAGAGUAGGAGGACGGGAGGUGAUGGGAGCAAUAAAAUCCGUUUCAUACGCAGGUGCCUGGCGGAUUGUUACAUCGCAGAAUUUUGAGAGGUGGCGGCAGCCUAGGGUUAGGCCUUCAUCCAGCAGUGGAUUUACUCUGGCUGAUGGUGGUGGUGAUGAUGAUGAGUAGGAGGAAACUGUGUUUGAAAGUUACCGUGGUGUGGGUCAUAAUAAUGCAAGCUAACAGAGAUAGGGUGAUUCCGAAAAAUAUUAAUUAAACGAAACUAUCUUCUUGGUUCUUUCAGUAAAGUCACGUACCGAAAGAACCAAGAAGAUGAAUUCCUGCAGUCACGAAAGCUUUAAAUCGAAAUUUAAACGAAACUAUGUUUUGUUUUACCAUGUAAGGCCCACUGAGCGAUAUAGCUCUUCUUCAGAAGCGACUUGGCCACAAAUGAUAGCUCAACAAGGUGGCUUAUGUGGAAAUGUAUCGCAGCGAAAUACUUUAAACACACGUUUCUAAAUAUGGAGGGAAAAACUGGAGGACUGGGAUACAAUUCCACGCGACCACGGGGAGCACAUGCAAACCCCAAAUAUACAGGCGUCAGGGUCGGGGAUCAAACACACGACCUGUAUGCCAGGCACGGUAGUUAACAUCUCGAAUGGAGAGGAAUGACGUGGAGACAUUGCCGACACAUGGGAUCUUGUGACGGUCGCCAGCAGUGGAGGAGUACUGCUGCCGCAAGUCUGUGGACCCAGCCGACUCUACACAGAGGGCAGGAUGGGAAGUAGGAGAGUGACCCCAAGGGUGAAGUCAGACGUUUCGGGCAAGCGAGUUUGAAAGAACUGUUUGUGCCAGUGUUCGGUUGCAUACCUGUCGACCCACACGGUUUACCCGUAUUCGUGUACAGGGAAAUUAAGUUUUCAGGUUCAUACGGCGUACAGCCGUUUCAAUACGGGCGAAACCCCAUAAUUUGUGUCUAUUUGUGUUUCUCCCUUGUGAUGGAACUUUGUAGGAUUGACGUUGAGAUUUCUAAGGGCACGGGGUGACCAAUAAAGUCAGAAUUGGUCUGUCAUAAGGUAGGCACUGAUAAGGGAUUAACAGGUAUGCGGUUGCAUGUGUCGCGACGGCAUUGUUGGAAGUCGGAUGCUCCUGUCUUGACCGGUUCAGGGUUUCAUAUCGCUUCUCUUAAAGGAAGUUGUGACCCCCCCCCCCAAAAAGAAAAUGGAAAUGAAACGGCUCUUACAAUCGAAAAAAAAAAUCACAAUUUGUUAAAGUUUUCAGGUUUUUGUUUAACCAGGUGAACACUCAAGCAAGCAGGAUAGUCUCAUUCAUUUGCUCGAGUGACCUGGGCCGCACCAGCGGCGUGCAUUUUUUAACACGGUGCUAUAUUACCGCGUAGGCCCACUGGCAUUAUGUAAUGCCAACGUUUAUUAAUUGUUUAGGCCUUUAAAAAAAUGGUACUGCCAACGCGUUGCAGACACCGCCAAGAUACCUUUGGAACUAUCCCAACGUAUGUAUUGAUCAUCUCCCAAUGCUGUAAUUUUAUAAUUUUAGCAACGAUUUUUUUUUACUUUUAAUGUUCCGGGAAGACAGAUUUCCCAGGACAGCCACUUCAACAAAAUUACAACCCUGGACAAACCAGGACAGUUGGCAACGGUCGCAUUAGCGUGCACCUGUGCAUCAGUGCGUGCGUUUUUGUGCUUCCUCAUCCACACGUCUUUGUGUAGUAAAAUCCCCUGACAAAACAAAGGCUCCCUUAAUAGACUGGCAUGCCAGCUUGUUAUUUUACCCGCAGAGGCAAACGUGCAUUGCGUUGUGCAUCUAAUACUUUUUUUAGUUCUGAGCAGGGUAUGAUGUCAGUGUAUAAGACAUCGUGUUUUACAUACCUGUCGGUGACUUGACUAAGGUGCGGAGGUCGCAAACCGGGUACCCGAUACCCGUACCCUACCCGAUACCCAGCUACCCGUAUCCGGCCGGGUACGGGUAGCUGUUUGCAACCCUGGUGCGGCCGGGUACGGGUAGGCCGUGAGUCACUGGUGAGUAACCGUUUUGUCACUCAUUUCGGGUAGGGUGCGGGUACGGGUAGGGAACGGGGGUACCCGUACCCGGCCGGGUACGGGUACCCAUUUGCGACCCUGGUGCAGCCGGGUACGAGUACGGGUAAGGAAUCAAAACCUGUUUGCGACUUCUGCUGAGGUGCGAGUCGGGUCGCAUCUGGAUCCGGUGGUGACCCAGGGCUUCGACGAAUAACCUCGCAGAUUCUGUCUGGCACAGUGCACUCACACAGGCAGUGCUUAUAUUAUAUUCCACAAACCUUUGGGAAUCAAGCCAGUCCGGUUUGUGGACUGAGCGAGUAGGCUCAGCCAAGGAUUCCCACAUAGUAGCCAAGCGUUGUUUACAUGAGCGCCGAUGCAAGGACUGCAAUAGGCCCCCCCACUUCCUGUCCAUUUCCCCCCUCCCCUCCCCCCCCUCUGUUUGGAGGCCGGUGCUUAGGCCCGCCAGUCCAGCUGCAGUUACACCACCUGUACACUCGAUAGCUGUGCCACUUGUCCCCACCGCAGAUGACGCGCCACAGAUAUACUUUGUCCACUGGCGCAUCCGAGCCGAGUCAGUGCAGGGCCCUCACGGUACCACGGUGGAAAAAUGUUAACUACCUUGCCAGGUAUACGGGACCACUGAGCUAUACAGCUCGUUUUUAGAAGUGACCUGGCCACAAAUGAUAGCUCAAUGAAGUGACUUAUCAUCACGUGGAAAUUCGUAGCAGCCAAAUACUCUAAACUCAUGUCGUUUCUAAAUGUGGAGGGAAAAACCGGAGGAUACGGAGAAAAAACUACGCGACCACGAGGAGAGAGAGAGAGACGCAAACUCCAAACAUACAGCAGGUGUCAAGGCCGGGAUCGAACCCACGACCUCCUGCAUACCAGGCGAGGUGGUUAACAUCGCAUCACCGCAGCGCCAACUCGGGCCGCCCCUCAUAGCUUUUCAUAACGUCACGGCGUGAGAGAUGCCACGUUCGCGUGGCGUCUCCUGUGUGAACUCGACCCACGGCUGUGUUUUUGUUUUUAAAAACGAGGGUGGGAGGGGGGGCAAAUUACAGAAGCAAUAUAUGUUUGCUUGGAGAAGCCAAAACGAACACAAAUCUAGGUUUAAAAAAAAUCUCACGUUUCCUCCAAACCAGCCAUGCAGGGCAAGGAGGGUGCAGACAUGUACCGAUGCAUCAACUCGUUGAAUAAUAUAAAUUCUCAAAGCUCAGAAUGCAUGCAUUAUGGAGUUGUGAGUGUGUGAAUAGAUGCAGGUUAUUUUUGCACAUCACAGGCAAACUGUAUGCUCAAUGUUGCAUUUAUAACGGAUAGUUAGAAACCAACCAAUCGUGUGCGCAAGAUGGAUUUAGGAAAGCUUUUUCUACUAUUAAUCACACUCGAAUUGUGCAUCGAAUUCUAGUGGAGAUGAAUGGGUAUCAAAUGCCAUUACGCCAAGCCACUGUCGACUAUGAAAAUACAUUUCAUUCGUAACAGCUGAAUCACCGGGCGGGAGUGAAUCGCUCUCCGCUGGAUAGCGAAAAGGAGGGACCGGGGAGACAGGUGGCAGGAGCCGAUUACACACAGCAGCACGGUCCGUGAAACACGGGGCCAGAGAUCAGAGUUGUGCUGUUGUUCCUGGACCCUUCCCGGGCCAUUUUUUAUGAGGCUGAGCAUGCUUGCAAAUGGUUGUUGAAACAUAGCGUUAGUACCAUGGGGACGGCAAACAAAAUAACAAGAAGAGACAUUUUUUUCUCACGAAUUCGUUACAAAACACUAUCUCAAGAGCCACAAUGCACGUGAAUAUAUACACACAUACACACAUAUACACAUACACUAAAUACAUUAAUAUAGCAAUAUCAAUACCCGCCAUUCGCUACUAAAUGACGGUGAUGUCACCAUGGCGCCUGUGCUAGGUGCACUUUGAGGCCACGUGAAGUGUCGAAGGCUCGCUGACAGGACGUCUCCGAACAGACCCAGGUGCCAUGUCAAACCGGAGCCGGUCAUGAGCACACUGCCCAGACAUGGGAAACUCUCCACUCUCUCCACCACCAAUGGGGAGCUGAGGGGGUGGAGUGUUUGGUGGCACAAAAUAUCCAGGCAGGUGCUUAGUUUUGGUGGGGCUGAUGCUAAGAUCCCACCUCUUAGUGGGACACUCCAGGUUUAGCAGCAGUGCUUCCAACUCCUCUUCUGAGUGAGCAGCAAUCACCAGUUUAUCAGCAUACGUAACAUGGUUGACCAAUAGGGAGGUAUCCUUCGACUGCACUCCGGCAUCGAUCAGCCUCCCGUUGUAUCUGUACCAGAUGGAAAUUCCUCCGGUAUAACCAUGGAAAGUUUCUCGAACUACGUGGGAAAAGAUGAUGUUAAAUAAUGUGGGAGCCAGAGGAUAUCCCUGUCGCACCCCUAGGUGAUCAGGAAAUGGCUCCGACUCCCAGCCACGUAGUAUUACCCGGGCCUGCCCACCAUCAUGAAGGUCCUUAAUGAUUGUGAGCAGAGAGUCAGAGACUCCGAAAGCAGAAAGAACUGCCGACUGCCCUGGCCUGUGGAUGGUAUCAUAGGCCUUGACCAGGUCAAUAAAGCAGAGAUGUAGGGCUUGUUGGAAUUCCCUAGACCUCUGCUGUAGCAGACGGAGUGAAAAUAUGACAUCUGUGCAGGACCGCCUUUUCCUGAAAGCACAUUGGGACUCCGCAAGCCUCUCAUCAGCGUGCCUAGCACAUACACACAUACACAUGUGCCUGGCAAGGCGAUGUUGAAUAAUCCUUGCCAGGACCUUUCCCGGCACACUGAUACACAGACACGAGGACACAGAUAAUACACACACACACUAAUAAUACACAGACACUAAUACACAGACACUAAUAACACGUGGACAAAAACAAAAUACAGACACUUAAUACACAUACAAAUAAUACAGGAUAGUGUACACGCACGCUGUCGGAAAUAAAAUAAAAUCGCACCAAGACAAACCGCUGAGAAAAACGUUCAAAAUAAGGCAUCAAACAAUAAACGGUCGAGAAACGCGAUAUUACCGCACACGAAUAAACACCGAGAUACAUAGAGCACCUAACUUCACACACAUACUCUCUUUCAAACUCAAUUACGCACACGCUCGCACACAAUCUGAAUCACGCGGUCGCUCAGCAGCUCCACCUCCUCAACUGCCAUAUCAACCGCCAUCUUUACACAAAGCCGCCAUCUUUACAACAGCUUCAACAGACCGUUGGGGCAAGUGCUGUUAGCGAGCACCUAUGAAGGCCGGCACGGCACACGAGGGGGUGGGUGGGCCAGCACCACGACUGACCACCUUUGUCUCCCCAGUGGUGAUGUUUACACACCGCACCGGGUACUCAUUUGAGGCUGAGUCGACCUAGGGGAGGCCCAGUAUCGGUUCAAAUAAUCGUCACCGGUGUUGGCCGUGAGCGGGAAUCGAAGCCGGUUAGCCAGGUUCUUAGUGCAGCGCGCUAACCGCUACACUACCGCUCCCCAUCUUUACACACAUACACACAUAUACGUCACGUCACUAAGCAGUCUGCGAAGAGCCGCAUGCGGCACCGGAGCCGCAGGCUGCCGAGCCCUGCGUUAGUUCCAGGGCUCUGAAUCCAGGUCUCCAAAAGUGACGGUUUAAUGCCUUGGCAUUGGUUCGUUGGGAAACACUCCGUCUCCAGGAUACUUGAAAUAACGGAGCUCAAAUACAUUGGCUGGGCCAAUUCGGGGAAACGUUUCUUCACCUAGGGCAUUGCUGGCUUUGGCCGAACUCUUGUGUUGCUGUAGUGCUGCACAGAACCUGGCCGUGGUGGCCACGUGUGAGACCAAGGCUCUGCCAAUCCACGCCGCAGUUCCAGUCUAUGCUUUGACAAUGCACGUCCAUAUUUUUUGGCUCUUCUAGACCAUAGAAUAUGAAUCCUUGCAGUCACGAAAGCUUCAAAUCUAGAAUCUUCUAGACCAUCCAGUUUCUGAAGUCCAUGCCCCAGUUUACUUUGAAGUCCCUUCACUCAAUUCCUGAAUCCAAGGUCUUGCUUGCUCCAGGUCAUAUGCAUUGGUUUGAUAUAUUCCACGCCUGAGUUUUUUUUCCCCCAGCAUCCAAAAAAACUCACCCACUCCACAUGAUAGCAUUUGGGAGCAACAUUCACGUCUCGACUAAGCGAGCAAAGCAUCACCUUUGCAAAUUUGCCCCAUUAAUCACGAUCGUAGGUGAUGGAGUCGUCGGCAAAAAGAAAAAUCGGUUUAAAGGCAACGUUCGCCAAUGAGACACGUGCAUUGGCCAAAGGAAACCGUCACGCAAACUCCGGUCAUCCUCGCAGCAGCGGCGGAUUUUGGCUAACCAUCGAACAAAGACCCUCACCGCAUCGUGCGCGCUUUCAGAUGCGCUUCUGCGGCCGUCUGGAACGCUCUUCCUUCCGAUAUCAGGAAGCCAAUGGGAGCUAUGCUAUACCUAAUAAAUGAACUUGAACUUGAAUCAUCUAGAUUGAAAACUAAUUUCUUUAGAACUGCUUUUUGUGUUUGGUUUGUUGUCCUUCUAUGGGUACCUCCGAUUAGCACAGUUGGCUACGUACGGUGCGAAAGAAGUUCAACAUACAUGCAUACAGUAAUGUGAAUUGAGCACUCCAUCUCUUCGAAGGGACGUUUCAUCUUGUCUUGCGGACGCAAAGACACCGUGACGUUUCUCGCAAAUAAACUAAACUAAACUAUUUACAUAUUACCAGGAAAAGCCCACUGAACAUUAUAGCUCUUUUUCAAAAGCUACCUUGCCGUAAAUUAUAACUCAACGAAUUGACUUAUCACGUGGAUAUUCAUAUCAGCCAGAUACUCUGAAGGCUGGUUUCUAAAUGUGGAGGGGAAAAAAAACCGGAGGAUCCGGAGAAAAAUCCACACGACCACAAAGAGAGAGACAUGCAAACUCCAAAUAUACAGCAGCAGGCUUCAGGGUUGGGAUCGAACCCACGACCUCCUGCAUACCAAGCGAGGUAGUUAACAUCUCCUAGCCACCGUGAUGAUGAUGAGAGAGAGAGACACGCAAACUCCAAAUAUACAGCAGCAGGCCUCAGGGUCGGGAUCGAAUCCACGACCUCCUGCAUACCAAGGCGAGGUAGUUAAUAUCUCCUAGCCACCGUGAUGAUGAUGAGAGAGAGAGAGACACGCAAACUCCAAAUAUACAGCAGCAGGCUUCAGGGUUGGGAUCGAACCCACGACCUCCUGCAUACCAGGCGAGGUAGUUAACAUCUCCUAGCCACCGUGAUGAUGAUGAGAGAGACAUGCAAACUCCAAAUAUACAGCAGCAGGCUUCAGGGUUGGGAUCGAACCCACGACCUCCUGCAUACCAAGCGAGGUAGUUAACAUCUCCUAGCCACCGUGAUGAUGAGAGAGAGAGAGACACGCAAACUCCAAAUAUACAGCAGCAGGCUUCAGGGUUGGGAUCGAACCCACGACCUCCUGCGUACCAAGCGAGGUAGUUAAUAUAUCACAACCGUGACGCUCUGUGGCGAAAUCGUGGCCAAAUUCGUUCGCGGAUUUUGUUUUACCGAAUAAUGUCCGAGUUAAUGUAAAUGUAUAUUCUUGGUCCUUUCGGUAAAGUCACGUAGCUAGAAAACAAAUCAAAAUUAAA